GCCCAAUGCUACGUUAUGAUUGGCCAGUCUGCGUCUGGGGGCGAGACUUAGUGAAGAGUCAAUUAUGAAGCGCCGCAGGUCCUGGAGCAUACACAAUGUAUGCACAUAUAUGUGUGCAUACAUGUGCAUACUAAAUAUGAGGGUGAUUGGUCCAGUAGUUUGCGGUAUUAACAGCAUACACACAGAUACACAUACUCACAAACACAGGCUUAUGCCUGGUGGGGAUAAUAACCCUUUAUGGUCAAAAGCAAAAAGCACACACUGGCAUUACUGGUAGUGCUUCAUAUUCUUGCAAUGAUCCCUCUGUAUGAAAUAAAACCUCUGCCAACUUCUACUGUUUUGCAACUGCUCAUUUUUCUGUCUUCAGGAUGUGCUUCAAGACAAACCUGUAUCUUUACGCAGUUACACCUAUGACAGUCUCAACUCUGAUGUGGCAUCUGGUAAGGAAACAAGUGACGGCUAUGACAGCUUGGCUAGUGGAGGCAAGGGGGACGGAAAACCCAGGAAACACCACCGCAAGUCUGCUCGCACACGCUCCCGACAAGAAAAGACCAGCAAACCCAAACUGAGCAUGCUCAAUGUUUGCAACACUGGUGAUAAAAUGGUCGAAUGCCAGCUGGAGACUCACAACCACAAAAUGGUGACAUUUAAAUUUGAUCUGGAUGGAGAUGCUCCGGAGGAGAUUGCCACUUACAUGGUAGAGAAUGGGUUCAUCCUUCUGCUAGAGAAGGAGAUCUUCAUUGACCAGCUGAAGGACAUUGUGGACAAAGCUGAAGACAUGCUGAACGAAGACAUGGAGGGUGAACAGGCCACUGCCUUGAGUUGCAGUCCUGAACAAGGCCAGAUUUCCGAAGGACUGGUUGGAGAGGUAAGAGAGGGGUAGAUUUGAAUAUAGUAUAAUUCUUUUAAAGCCUUACAUUGACCUGCACCUCCUUAUUUAUCUGAGCUACUUCAACCAUUUCCACUGACACGGCCUCUUUGCUCUCUUAAUUCUGGUCUUCUUGUCAUUGC